AUGGCAAUUGUUCUGCUUAACUUCGUCACAAUCACCAACCCUUACCCCCCCAACCUCACCCCAUCCUUCAUUUACCCCACCUUCCCACCCCCACCAGUCUCCCACAACUACCAACCCCCUACCUACCCACCAACACCCUUCAUCUAUCACCCCACAACUACCAACCCCCUACCUACCCACCAACACCCUUCAUCUAUCACCCCCACCACAACCAGACUCCAACAACUACCAACCCCCUACCUACCCACCAACACCCUUCAUCUAUCACCCCACAACUACCAACCCCCUACCUACCCACCAACACCCUUCAUCUAUCACCCCCACCACCACCAGUCUCCAACAACUACCAACCCACCAACACCCAUCAUCUAUCACUCCACAACUACCAACCCCCUACCUACCCACCAAUGCCCUUCAUCUAUCAGAUUCAGAUACUGCAGUAAUCUAGACUUGCAUGGGCUGUUUUGCAUAUAG